UUUGAGAUAACGCUAGGGGGCAGUGUGUCAGGUCGCGUACGGUGCACGUUACCGGCAGCCAUGGCAGCAGCUCGCUGUUCCUGUCCCGGGACAUGGCUGCUGCUGUUCAUCUCGUUGCUGGCUCACCCUCAUCACGUUGCGGGGUUAUUGGACCCCUUCAGCCUGGGCAUAGCCGCCGCCUCCGCUGCUGCCCUCACCGGCUACCUGUCCAACCCGCGCUUCUACUGCGGCCGCCUGGUUGAGUGCUGCGAGGAGGACAAGUCGCUGAACAUCACAGCUUUGGAGACAGACCUGAGUAACAAACUGUUCGGCCAGCACCUGGCUCAUGAUGUCAUUUUACGGGCAUUGACUGGAUUUAUGAACACUGAAAAUCCCAAGAAACCGCUGACCUUAUCACUACACGGCUGGACCGGAACUGGCAAGAACUUUGCUAGCAAAAUUAUUGUUCAGAAUAUAUACGAAUUGGGCAUGCAAAGCAAAUUUGUCCAUCUCUUUGUAUCCAGUCUGCAUUUCCCACACGACGGAUUGAUCUCUCUGUACAAGGACCAGUUGCAGUCUUGGAUUCGGGGGAACGUCAGCCGUUGUGCUCGCUCCAUAUUUAUAUUUGAUGAGAUGGACAAGCUUCACUCUGGUCUUAUCGAUGCCAUCAAGCCUUUCCUGGAUUAUUAUGAAGACAUUGAUGGAGUUUCCUACCGCAAAGCUGUAUUCAUUUUCCUCAGCAAUGCAGGAGGUGAUCUGAUUAACAAACAGGUGCUGGAGUUCUGGAGGACUGGGAAGAAGAGAGAGGAUUUGCAGUUAAGUCAUCUGGAAUCUGUGCUCUCCAUUGGAUUAUUCAACAACCACAACAGUGGAUUUUGGCACAGCAGCCUGAUUGACAAGAACCUCAUUGAUUUCUUCAUCCCCUUCCUGCCGCUGGAGCUCAGACACGUGAAGAAAUGCAUCUUAGCGGAACUAAGGCAGCGCGGGCUUAGAGAAGACGAAGAGUUGGCAUCACGGGUGGCUAACGAGGAGAUGAUUUAUUUCCCAAAAGACAGUAGAUUGUUUUCUGACAAGGGCUGUAAAACGGUUUCGGCUAAACUCAACCUUCAUCUGUAGCCGCUGCUAUGUCUCAGUGCCUCCAACGCAGCGCUAAUUGCCAUACGGCCUCUGCAGGUACAGACUGCCAUCCCCCAUUAGACCGUUCCUUUUAUUCCUCCAGAGUGUGAUUCGGGAUCCUGUCUAUUCAUAUUGAAUGGCUGUUACAUAUAAUCCUUCAGAUCUCAGGGAUAUGCCAGCGGCGCCUCAAGUCGUGCCUUUUGCUGACAUUGAUGUCAAGAAGUAGAAACCAUUCUGUGCCCUCUUCGUGGUUCAUCUCGUCGUCGUCUUGUGAUAUCGCUUUGCGUAUGAAUUUUCAUUAUCCCACCAUGGAAUUGGACGGGCUUUAUAUUUUAGCACAGAGUGAAACCACUAUUUUAGUUGUGUCUCCAGCUGUGGACAUGAGACACUUUCUGUGGACCCACUCCAAGAUUUUUUUAUCGGUCACAUGCUCCAGUCUACCACUGGUCUAUGAGUAAAGAAAAGGAAAGGAGUCUCCCUUUCUUUCCUCUUCUGCUAAAAUUCUACCACUUAUUAAAAAGUAUGUUUUAAACAGUCUAUAAUAUC